UAUAUAGUUGCAACUAUAUAAUAUAUAUAUAUAUAUAUACACACGCACUAUGAGUCUAUGAGAAUAAGAUCUAGUUUCAUCAGUCUCAUUAGUUCACGCGAUUCAGGGUUUCAUUCUACAAUUGUUCUCGAGAAUGGAAAAUCCUAUGAAGAAGGUCCUGCUCACCUCCAAUGGCGAUGAGAUUUCUCUAAACGUUGCCCAUCAUUUAGCAAAACGAGGUUGCAGGUUGGUUUUGAUGGGAGAUGAGAGCAACCUUAGGAGUGUGGCGGAGAAAAUAAGAGGCUCUUUGAACGGUUCCGUUGUGGUCGAAGUGGUUGGAUUGGAUAUGGAGGAUGAGAGAGAGGCGGUUUUCGAUGAAGCAGUGGACAAGGCGUGCAGAAUUUUGGGGAAAUUAGACGCUUUUGUGAAUUGUUAUACUUAUGAAGGAAAGAUGCAAGACCCCCUACAAUUGGCUCAAGAUGAGUUCAAAAAGAUAGUUAAAAUAAAUUUCAUGGCUGCAUGGUAUUUAUUGAAGGCUGUUGGCAGAAGAAUGCGGGAUCAAAAAUCAGGAGGAUCCAUUGUAUUUUUGACCUCAAUAAUUGGUGGUGAGCGAGGUAUAUAUCAGGGAGCUUCUGCAUAUGGUUCGUGUUUGGCAGGAAUUCAUCAGUUAGUUAGGACAUCUGCUCUGGAGAUUGGGAAGUACCAAAUCAGGGUUAAUGCAAUUAGCCGUGGCUUGCACCUACAUGAUGAGUUUCCAAUCUCAGUGGGUACCGAGAGGGCAGAGAAGUUGGUCAAGGAAGCAGCACCUCUCGACAGAUGGCUAGACGUUAAAAAUGAUCUGGCUUCAACUAUCAUCUACUUAAUAAGUGAUGGCUCGCGCUACAUGACUGGGACCGCAAUAAUCGUUGAUGGCGCCCAGUCUCUGGUAAGGCCACGGAUGCGAUCUUAUAUGUGAUUUGUAGGUAGUGGAAUAGCAAUACAGAAUUUUUUUAGUAAAACCCUAGAAGGUGGUGUGACCAGUGUUGUUGAAUUCGAGUACAAUCACAAUUAUAAUAAAAUCAGUCCGUUCAUUUGUUGAAA